AAACUCCACCUGCUGGCAUCGCUACUACGGCUGCAACAGCAACGACCAUAACCGAGAACUCAACUUGUAUUGUAAGUGGGCAAAGUUGGUGGACCACGGAGGACGCGUUGUGCGAUGAUGGAUGCCUUCGAGCACCGAACUCUCGAUGCGGACCGCGUUGCCGAGCAGAGGGGAGCAGCGGCGGCGACGGGUUGCGGCGUUCGGUUCGGUUCGGUACGCUCCGCUCCGAUCCGAUCGGUCAUUUCUUGCGCGGCAGGCCCCCGGGGGUCCCGAAUCGUCCGGAUCGUCGCUUCACCACUUUUUUGCGUGUGGAUGGAAUGUGUCGUUGCGCUGUCCUCCGGAUCGAGGGGAGCGGGGUGCGAACGGACUCGCGGCGUUCCCAUCGAUCGGAGCAAACAAUCGUCUCGGGAGUCUUCCCCUGCGUGAAACUAAACUACCGUGUUUCUUGGUUGCUAACACGGCCGUCUUUGUGUUCUCUUGCCUUUCUUUUUCCUUUCGUGGAUGCCCGCCGUUGGCUUGCUUCACCAUAACACAAAACGCCACACAGAAAAAAAACCAAUCGAUCAAUAUGGAGAACAAGGAAGGAUUCAACGAGACCAUUGUCGAGCCCCUUCGGCAGUUCGCCAAGGACUCGGUGCACCUCGUCAAGAAGUGCACCAAGCCCGACCGAAAGGAAUUUACCCGGAUCGCACAGGCAACCCUCGUUGGUUUUGCCAUUAUGGGAUUCAUCGGGUUCUUUGUCAAGCUGGUGCACAUCCCCAUCAACAACAUCCUGGUUGGGAACUAGGGGACACGCGGAACGGAGCGGAUGGGAACGGAAACACACAAACAAAACCCCGAUCCGAUCCGAGCAAGAACAACCAUGUACCACACCACACCACACCACACGACGACACAACCACACAACCUCCGGCGGCCAAAACCGGCGGGGCGCGGUUUGUAUGUAUUGUGUUCCAUAGCAUAAAUCGAUUCAAAACUU